CAUGGAUACAUUUUACACUUUAUCAAUGCUGGUGGAGGUGACAGAGUCGGGCAGCGCUACCAGCACUGCGUACGUGUCUCCAGCCACGUUUAAGGGAUUGGAUGCUGCGUGGGGAUGCUAUGCGUCGUUGCAGCGCUGUAAACUGCAUUCGUUGCGCAUUUUUCACUUGCAGAUUGAUGAAAAGCUGGCGGGUGUAGUUGAGAGAAUGGUCAGGAUUGACCACUGGCCAUCGUGUAGCGAGGAUCCGAGCGCAAACGAAUGCUGCAAUGCAGUUGCGACUGGAGAUGAAGUGAAUCUUAAGCUAGUAGCACCGUCGGACGUUCGGAUCGUGCAAUACUUGGCGUUGGCACCAGCGGGUGAACAGCAGAUGAAGCUCGCGCUCCCGUUCGCUAAGAGUUUGCUGCGUGGUCGGAUCUUGACAGGACGAGCAGGGUCCAUUACGCUAAAGCGUGACGGAUUGGAUUAUGGCAAGUGGAGUUACGAGGCAUUUUUUAGUGGACGCAGUGGGGAUGAAGUUGAGCUGUUUGAUGGUGGACUCGUGACGGACGAGACGUUGGUGUUGAUGUUCCCGUCUGCUACGUCGCCGUCAAUGAGAUCACCGCUAACCAAGCGGAAAUAUCAGCAUUUAGGGGCUCAUACUCGUGGGUUCCGAGAGUUGGUGGCGAUGGCGCUUCAACGAACGUCGACCGCUGUGGUGGAUGCUGCAAUCCCGACCACUGCCGCCCCUCACUCACUGCUGUUGCACGCACCGAGUGGUGCUGGCAAGACGACGCUAGUGCAUCAGAUUGCGGAGGAAAUGGGAGCGAAUUUACUCGUACUGGAUGGUGGGCUGUUAGCGUCUCCACAAUUACGUUUGGAAGACUUUUUCUCAGCUGCACUACGGAUCCAGCCGUGUGUUCUGCUGUUAGAGGAUCUCGAGCUAUUAUUCCCCAUGACUUUGGAUGAAACCAAGUAUAAACUUGUUUGUCGGCUGGUAAACUGUCUCGAGAGCAUUCACAAAGCUGGCUCAAUUUGCGUUGCAGUCAUUGGCACCGUGUCAGUACUUAGUGCUCUGCAUUCAAAAGUGCGACAGCUCUUCACUGAGGAAGUAUUUCUUGAUGUUCCUGACAACCAAUGGACCGUUGAAUUAUUAACUUCAUUGGUACCUCGGUCAAAGCUACUGCGCCGCGAAUUUCUCAUGUCGUUAGCGGUUCGCUACGGUCAAAGGCCAAGCAACAUCGCGUCCAUUGCUCAACAAAUCUGUACGCGUCUGUCAAGUGGAGACAGCCAGGAUGUCAGCGUAGAGAAACUUGAAUCGGAAAUCGCGGCUUCAGCACGUGAAAUCUCCAGUACCAGCAACGGUGCAGAUACUCUUAGCUCUUCGGUCCCAGAUGUCUCGUGGAGCGAUAUCGGCGGUCUAGAGCGCGUCAAGCAAAACUUGAUCGAGAUGGUUGUGUGGCCGUUGGAGAAGCCGGAAGUUUUUCGUCGAAUGGGAAUCUCAUCGCCUUUAGGUAUGGUGCUGCACGGUCCUCCAGGUACAGGAAAGACCAUGCUCGCCAAAGCAACAGCCAAGGCAAGCGGAUGCAACUUCCUCAAUCUGUCAGCUAGCGAUCUAAUGAAAGCUGAGAUUGGUGAGAGUGAGAAGGCCAUUACUCGUGCGUUCGAUACUGCCCGGGCACUGAGUCCGUGUAUGAUCUUCAUCGACGAGUUCCAAUCACUAUUUGGCAGCCGAUCAACGGCAGGCCAGACAACAUCUCGAAUGAUUUCUCAGCUGCUGAUGGAGCUCGAUGCACUGAAGGCGGUAUCUGAUGAUAGCAAAGCUCAUGCCUCUGACGUUGCUGCUGGUCGGAUCUUUGUUCUCGCAGCUACAAACGCCUUGUCUGCCAUCGAUCCGGCAUUCCUUCAGCCUGGUGCGUGUGAUAAUUUCACCUUUGAUCCAACAGAGCCUGUUUUACCUGCUAUGCUUUUCUCUUUCUAGGUCGCUUCGAGAAUGUCGUGUAUGUUGGGCUGCCUAACGCCAACGAACGUAACGCCAUUCUGGAGAUUCAAUGCAACAAGAUGCCAUGGAGCCAAGACGUCGAGCUCACCAAACUGGUCCUAGAGACAGAAGGUGCUAAUGCAGCGUCACUGAUAGCGCUGUGCCAAUCUGCAGCGAUCCAAGCCAUGCAGCGGAUACCUGCCAACGCUCCUGUAGACGAACAGUGCAUUGCGAUGGUCGACUUCGACACAGCAUUGGCGAAAGGGAAAUUUGACUUCCAAAAACCCGAACAGUAACUAGAAUGUUGCAGAAUUGGGAAGCAAUGACACUGUUGGAAUGAUCAGAAUCGUUGGCGCCACACUAUUCUCUAAGAUCCGAAGCUCGCGUACGCCAGCAGCGCCUUCUUGACGCCUGGAGGGAACUUGAACAAGGACAACUCACCUUGAAAUACCUCAGUGAUGCGAUAAAUACCGCUGUCGAUUCCUGUGAGCAAGAACCGUAAAAAUGGUCAGCUACAGGAACGUAUUACGCUUCCACAACAGCAACACAACUCACCUUUUGCUAGGGCCGUGGCUUGUUGCACGUAGACAUCGGUCGUACUGCUCUCCUUCAAGCACGUCUCCAUGUAUGCGUCCAAUGCAUUGCGGCACUCCAAGAGCGACGAAACUACAGCAGGUACAGUGUGCUACAGAACAAAAAGACAAUGUCAAUAGUUAGCAGCAGCAGUUCACAAAGAAACAGAGACUUACCUG